AUGCAGAAAGAUCCUACAGAAGUUCUAUUAAUCGGUGGUGGCCAGUGCCAUCUUCACUGCUGUGUGCUGGGGCGGCAGGGCGACGCCAACAGGAUUAACAAGCUCACCAGGAAGGCUGGUUCCGUCUUGGGGGUGGAGUUAGAUUCAAGGGAGGUGGUCUUCAAGCAUUCCAUUUUAGGCAGUAAUAACAAACUUGCCUGUUAUUUCACAAACUGGGCACAGCAUAGAACUGGGAUUGGUCGUUACACGCCUGAGAACAUUGAUCCUUUUCUGUGCACCCAUCUGAUAUAUGCUUUUGCCAAGAUGAAUGAUAAUCACCAAAUUAUUACUGUCGAAGCAAAUGAUGAAACUCUUUACAAGCAAUUUAACGAUCUCAAACUGAGGAAUACCAAGUUGCAGACACUGCUGGCAAUAGGAGGAGCGUCGUUUGGUUCUACACUCUUUAAUAGCAUGGUGUCUACUCUGGCAAAUAGACAAGGAUUCAUCAAUUCUGUGAUUAUUUUUCUGAGGAAGCAUAGGUUUGAUGGGUUUGAUCUGGACUGGGAGUUUCCAGGUACCACAGGAAAUCCACCAGAAAAUAAAGAACGUUUUACAGCAUUGGUAACGGAAAUAAAAGCUGCCUUUGUAAAGGAAGGAGAAACAUCAGGAAAACAUAGAUUACUGAUUGUGGCAACCGUGGCUGCUGCUAAAGGCACCAUUGAUACGAGUUAUGAAGUGGCUAAAAUUGCUGAACAAUUGGACUUUAUGCAUGUGAUGUGUUAUGAUUACACCGGUGGCUGGAACACUUUCACUGGACACCAUACUCCUUUGUUUGUUGGAAGCAAAGAUCGUUUCGACUUUCUAUUCUAUAAUACAAAUUAUACUGUUCAUUAUUAUCAAAGCAAAGGUGCACCCGGAAAUAAGUUGCUAAUUGGAAUAGCAACUUAUGGACGAAGCUUUAAACUUACUACUAGUGAUACAAAGGUUGGUGCUACAGCAUCUGGUGCUGGACCGGAAGGCACAAUAACGAAAGCAGCAGGUAUCCUGGCAAAUUAUGAGGUAUGCGACUUUUUGAAUGGAGCAGAAAAACAUUUGAUUGCAGAUCAGAAGGUUCCGUAUGCAGUCAAAGGAGAUGUAUGGUUGGGCUAUAUUGACAAAGACAGUAUUACUGCCAAAAUUAAAUGGUUGAAGGAGAAAAAGUUUGGAGGAGCUUUUGUGUGGACACUUGAUUUUGAUGAUGCAAAUAACCAUUGUAAACAAGGAGUACAUCCUCUAGUGCAAACGGUGAGAAACGAACUUGCAGGGGUUUCAGCACAGGAGAACGGUGAGUAA